CGAAUUUAGAACGAUUAAACCCUCUCAAUUUAUAUAUUUGGUCCAGAUGAUCUUAAUCACAAAAAAACAAUGGCGGAAGAACAGAAUGAGAAGAGCAUCGUUGCUUCCGACGACAGCGACGAUGAUGACUCAGGUAACACAGAAUCAGAGCAGCAGACAGAACUGAGUUCGAUUCUGGGUAAACUUAGUUUAGGACCCAAAAAAGAGAAGAAGAAACUCUUGGUCUUAAGUCUGAGCGGUCUACUUCUACACCGAGUGCAUAGAAAGAAUUUUCGUAAAACUCCCAAGAAUCGAUCUCCAGAUGCUUCUUGUGGGCCAAAUCUAGUGUAUAAGAGGCCAUUUGCUGAAGGAUUUAUGAAGUUCUGCCUUGAGAGAUUCGAAGUUGGGAUUUGGUCCUCUGCUUGCGAGAAAAAUGUUGAUAUAGUUCUGAACAUUGUUCUUGAUAAUCUUCAAGAUAAGCUUCUUUUUGUUUGGGAUCAAGAAGAGUGUACAGACAGUGGAUUUAAGACAUUAGGGAACAGUGGUAAACCGAUGUUCUUUAAGGAUCUCUCUAAAGUGUUUAACUACUUCAAAGGUUUCUCUGCUUCAAACACCAUCUUCAUUGAUGAUGAGCCGUACAAAGCUCUUCUUAAUCCUGACAAUACAGGUUUGUUUCCAGUGAGUUAUGAUCCUGCGGACAAAAACGAUAAUUUUCUAGACCCCGAAGGUGAGUUCUGUUCUUACUUGGAUGAUCUCGCAAAUUCAUCAGAUGUUCAAGAAUAUAUCAAAGAGCAUUCUUUGGUUCAGCCCAUGAUCGACUCUUCUCAUCCGGACUGGCCUUUCUACCACAAAGUCUUGAAGAAUAUCUCUAAUUUUGCAUAUGAUCGUCUGUUUUAUGAAGUUUAGUUUUUUUUCAAUCACUAUGUUCUUUAGCUUGCUAUUGAGUAUUGAACACAUAAACAAGCUUAAUUAACUAGUUUUUCAAUCCUCUCAAAUGUUUUGAGACAAAGAGAAACAAUGUUAACUGAAAAUAAGAUUUAUUAUGUCCAUUGGUUUACAAGUAAACCAAUGAGCAAAAUGUUUGAUGAAAGUUCAAAAGAAAAAGAUAAAAACCGAAAAUAAAAACCAAAGCAAAUGAAGUCUUGCAAGAUGAAUCUUGCUAAACACCAACAGAGUUAUACACUCUCUUAUUAUGAAAAUAAAAAUAAAGCAGCAAAUAUCCUCUUCAUGCAAAGGAGGAUCUGAUGAACCAAGGAGACUCGGAUUGAGAUUACGGGUUAACUCCGGAUCCCGACCCGUUCCACUCCCUGUUCAAAUUGACAAAAGAGCUAAACAUCAUGUCUGGCUGAUGGACUGCUCCUGUGAAUGAGAAACCCGAUGCGAACGGCAUUGUUGGUGUAGCAAUCAAAGAUCCGAGCACAUUGUUCACCUCCAGAGUCGGAGUCACAGCCAACGGCGGAAAGGUUCCAAUGAACACCUGGACCGGAGAUGCUGCAAUGAGUUUACCGACUACAAGACCACCACUGAGAACGCCAUUAUGUUCAGCGAGCGUAAUUCGCCACAAUCCUCUCACAUUUCUGAUUCCUCCGCUUUCGCUUACCAUCAUCGUACCGUUCAGCGAUAUUAUCUCACACAAACCCUACAUCAAAAUGUUAUCAUGAUCGUCUUAAUUCCUAUCCAAAAUCUAUGGCUAACGAGGUU